ACUCAAGCCCGGUAAGUAUUACGUGAACGACACGAGAAAGCGCAUUUCUCUAGUGGAUCUUGAAGUGGAAAGUGGGCACAGGGUCUUCAGUUUCGGUAGUCCCACAACAUCAUCAGGUUGGAUACCACGUCUCGCAAGGAACAUUAGAAAUAUUAUGCACCAUGACUAGCCUACUUAAUACGCUAUUACUGCUAUCGUCCCUCGUUUCCAUUGGACGGUCAGAAUCAUUUUUAAAUGCAAUAAAAAACUAUGGACCAUCGCCGAAAGUUUUAAAUAGAAUCGACCCGAGCAACAAAAAAUAUGACUUCAUCGUGGUGGGUGCUGGAUCAGCCGGGUCGGUAUUAGCCAACCGUCUCUCAGAGAACAAAAAAUGGAAUAUUUUGUUGUUGGAGGCAGGAGGGCCCGAAAGUCUCCUUCACCAAGUGCCAAUCCUCGUUGGCUACUUUCAACUGUCCAGCUUUAAUUGGGGCUACAAGGUAGAACCUCAGACAAACGCUUGUUUAGGAAUGAUCAAUCGACAAUGUUCCUGGCCACGUGGCAAAGCCCUUGGUGGAACGAGCACCCUUAAUUAUAUGAUCCACACACGGGGAAACAAAUUGGAUUACGAUAUCUGGGCUGCGUUGGGAAACGAGGGUUGGUCGUACAAGGAUGUGUUACAUUAUUUCAAGAAGAGCGAAAAAUUCAACAUUCCAGGAAUCAAGAAUUCCACGUACCAUGGGGACAAAGGUUACCUGUGCGUGGAGCACGUGCCUUAUCACACAGAGCUAGCCAAGGCAUUUCUGAAAGCUGGAAAACAACUAGGCUAUCAGAUCGUCGACUACAACGGCGAGGACCAAAUUGGAUUCUCUUACAUCCAAGCGAAUCUGGAUAAAGGAACCAGAUGUAGCGCUUCGAAAGCGUACCUUCGGGUGAAUAGAUCGAAUCUAAACAUCGUCACAGGUGCCACAGUCACCAAGGUGUUGAUAAACGAGAAAAAUCGCACUUACGGCGUGGAAUACACGAGAAACAACCAAUCCAAGAGGGUAUUUUGUUCUAAAGAGGUAAUCCUCUCAGCUGGCACCAUAGACUCUGCCAAACUACUUAUGUUAUCCGGUAUAGGACCUAAGGAUCACCUGGAAGAACUCGGGAUCAAAGUGAUCCAAAACUCCAAAGUGGGAUACAGCAUGUACGAACACGUUGGUUUCCUAGGUCUGACCUUCCUGGUCGAUCAACCAGUGUCGUUAUUGCAAAGUAGACUAGCCAGACCCAGUGUGUUUAUAGAAUACAUUCUGCAUGGAGACGGUCUGAUGUCGCUUCCGGGAGGAGCGGAAGCUUUAGCAUUCAUCAGGACUAAGUAUGCUCCUGAUAGUAGACCGGACGUGGAACUUUUGUUUGCCUCGGGAUCUUUGCACUCGGACGGAGGGCUGCCUUUGAAAAAGGCCCUCAGGAUAUCCGACGAAUUGUAUGACACUGUUUACAAACCGAUAGAGAACCAGGACGCAUGGUCUAUCUGGCCCAUCGUACAGAACCCAAGAAGCGUUGGUAGGAUCACUCUGAAGUCGAAGGACCCUUACGAACCACCUAGGAUGGAGCCAAACUUCUUCACCCAUCCUGCUGAUAUAGAAAUCAUUUUGGAGGGGAUCAAUCACGCUAUCAAUAUCUCGAAGACACAACCGUUUCAGAAAUACGGUAGCCGAUUACACGAUAUCAAGAUUCCUGGAUGCAGAACGUUCCAGUUCGCUAGCGAUGAUUAUUGGAGAUGCGCUAUCAAACAUCUGCCUUCCAUGAUGAAUCAUGAAAUUGGUACCGUGAAAAUGGGACCAAAGGAUGAUGCGUACGCGGUUGUGGAUCCGCGGUUGAGGGUGUAUGGUGUUCUAGGAUUAAGGGUCGCGGAUGCAUCGAUCAUGCCUGCCAUGCCUACUGGGCACGUGAAUGCUGGUAUUUAUAUGAUCGGGGAAAAAGCGGCUGAUAUGAUCAAACGAGACUGGCAAUGAACUUGUACACUCCUUUUAUGAGUAGAAUUAUUAUUUCAUGAAAUACUCAGCUAUUCGUAAGUAAUGUUAGAAUUGAUACCAGCGAUGCCAAUAUACAAAUUUGAAUCUGGUAUCGAGCAGUGUCAAAAAAAAUAUCAAGUAUUUUAAAAAAUUGAAAAUUCCAGAAAUUAUGAAGGUUUAUAGUUAAUGCAAGUUUCAUAAGAUUCUUCUAGUCUACACAUUUCACUUUCGACGUAAAGAGUGUAUUAGAAAUAGAAUAAAUAAUAGCGCUGAUUAAUCGUAAGUUAUAAAUUUUGAUUUUCACCGACUGAUAAACAACAUUUAUUGAUCGAAUUUUUCAUAGCCCUAAUGAAAAUUGCAUCGAUUCUGGCUCGAAGUUGUAAAGAGAAAAGGUAAUUACGCGAUAGAUCGUGCGAUUAAGAGUGUUCCAUUUAAAAGCCACAUUCUAUGGUAUUAAGGACGAGGAAAGUAAUAUUACUUCAUUAGUUGGGCGAGGGAUAAUAAAUUAUUUGCGUGCAGAAAUGCGUCGCAGAACUAACGAAUGGCCCACAUUCUCGUUCAUUCGAUUAAAAGGAAACUUUAUAAAAACACGCAAUAAUUUCAUUAAUAAUGAUAAAUAAAAGCUGAGUCAUAUUUCCCCUGAUACGUUUUCGUGCGAAAUUAGAUAAAAAUAUCCAAUCUAACUGAUAUACUGACACUCAUUUCAAAUAUAUUUUCAUUAUUAUUAUUAGGAUUAAUUGGCAAUUUGUAUUAAACUUUGCUGA